CUGGGUCCGUCACCUCCUUCGCCAUUGAGACUAAGCCUACUGGAAGGCGAACAGACGUCACUUCCUUGCCCCAUCAACAUGACGUCGAUGGAACCGGUGUCUGUCGUCUGGUUCCGCGUAGCAGACGUGAAGUUCAACUUGUCCAGCUACCUACCCCAAAGUGGGGACAACCACAUGGAACCAAAAAAGGUUUACGCGUUGGUGGCUCCAGAACCACCGUCGGUCACUGUGCUGGGAGCUAGUGUUGGACUAGUGGACGGUGCUCAUUGGAAGCAGCCACCAUGGACGGGCAGGGCGUUCUUUUCGCUGCUCAGCGACCCACCGGCUUUGCUCCUGAACCGGCUGAAUCGAUCCGAUACUGGACAGUACGUCUGCAACGUGUCGUACCGUAGUGAUAACGUAACCAACGCCGGUGCGACCGUAACCGAGGCAGCCGUCGAGCUGUUCAUCGCAGUUCCUCAGCAGCCUCCUGUGAUAAGGGACUCCGAAGGCAACCUACUGCGCAUGACAGCGGGGCCUUACGCUGAGGGCGACACCGUACGGCUGACUUGCGCCGUGCCUGCAGCCGAUCCAGAACUGAAGCUCACCUGGAGGCGAAAGGGCCAGGCACUGAGCUCGCCGGUAGCUACUGUAGUAGCGACGACUAGCGGCGGCCGGGAGACCCACCUAGACCUCGGCCCUCUAUUUCGCGAAGAUCUGUUCUUGAACAUCAGCUGCGUGGCAACCAGUGACGUCACUCUGCCGAUGGAAAGCUCUGUGCUUGUCGACAUGUUCCUGCCGCCUGCCGAAGUAUCCGUAUGGAGCUGGCCUCACGAUAACGCGGAUGCCUCCGGCUGGGUUAUGGUCGCCCCUUCGGCAACGAGAACGACGUCUUCGGCUUUGGCUUCGACUUCGGCUCGCGAUACUGAGGAUAUCAUCUCGGGCACCUUCUCCGGUCGAGCCAUACAAUCAGCAAGCGCGGACUCGUCUUCAGCCUCCACUUUCUCCUCGCCGCGCAGCUUCGAGUGCGAGGCAACCGGAAGUCGUCCGCCGGCGAACAUCACGUGGUUCCUGGACGGACUGCCAUUGGACGAGCGCCUGAGCCACACUCGCGUCGAGGACAACGUCACAGCAAGUGUACUUCUUUUGCCGUCUUCGGAGCAAGCGGGAAAGCUUCUCGAGUGUCGUGCUAGCAACGACAACUUGCGGGAGCAUCGUGGUGUGCUCAGUCGCUACCUUGCCGUGAAUGUGUCAAACAAGCCGGAAGUAAGCAUUAAGCUAGGCACGGGUCUCAACGCGAGCCACAUCAUGGAGGGAGCGGACGUUUACAUGGAAUGCUCAGUCCUGGUCGCUUCGAGAAUCCCCCACGUCACGUGGAGUCGCGACGGUCGAGAGCUGGACGCCGACCUGGCCCGGGGAAUGGUGAUCACUUCCCGGUACUUGGUGAUCCGCCGGGUGACUCCCGGUCACGGCGGAAGCUACACGUGCCGAGUGACCAACACCCGGGGUGACACCGUCGAGAGCACGCCGCUUCUCAUCCGUGUCAGAUACUCUCCCAGGUGCGUUUCUGAAGAAGAGCUCGUCCUGAGCGUCGAGAAAGACGCAGCCGUGAACCUGACCUGCUUCGUGCGAGCUGAUCCCAGCGAAGGCCUGCGCUAUUUCUGGCUCGUGGUGAACGGCACGCGUGGCACGGAAGCCGCGCGGGAAAGCCAUCCUAACAGGCGCCGCCAGCAACUGCUCUUGCCAGUCGUGACGGAAUCCAACCGCCUGGAGAUCGUCCCCAACGCUUCGAUAUUCGAUGCGGCGCUCGCAUGCUGGGCGGAGAACGCCGUGGGAACUCAGGAGAGACGGUGUCGGUUCAAAUUUAUAGGUAAGGGCGUGAACACACCGGCCUUGACAUGCAGUGUGGGCAACUUCACCGACAACUCUUUCUCCCUGACCUGCUUCACACCUCUCGCCAACGUCACCACGACGUCGUCAACCAAACUAAGGCCGGAACGAAGACUGCGAGUACAGGUGUUCGACACCAGGAGGGGCAACCGAUCGGAACGCAGCUUCUGGAGCACGGACCUGGGUCCGGUUCUCGUCAACAGACUCCGCUCGGCCACCGAAUACUUGGUCGUUGUUCAAAUGCCCCCGAGCCUCGCCGUGACUCUGACGGCACUGGUUGCCAUAUACUGCGCACACGUCCGCAAGAAGAGGAUGAAGAAGCGACGAAAGCCGCCCGACAAGGAGUGCAAGAGCGACACCAGUUCAACGAGUCGGGAAGACGUCGACUCCGUGCACAUUCGGGACCACAAGGAGUACCUCGCGGCGACGGAUGGCUGCUGA